AUGACGACAUUCAACCACUUUGCGCCCGAAGAGCGGCGAGGCGUUUAUCACGCCAUUUAUUCGCGCCGUGACAUUCGCACCUUCCAGGACGAAAAAAUUCCGCCAGACGUUCUGGCACGCAUCAUACGCGCCGCACACCACGGGCCGUCGGUCGGGUUCAUGCAGCCGUGGGACUUCGUGCUCGUGUCCGAUACCGAUAUACGCUUGCAGGUAAAAGACCUGUUUGAACGCGAGCGUCGGGCUGCCUCUCAAUUCUUCGACGAACCGCGUCGUUCGCAAUACCUGGCGUUGAAGCUGGAAGGAAUCAUGGAGUCGUCGGUGAACGUUUGCGUCACCUGCGACCCGACACGGGCCGGGGAAGUGUUGGGCAGAAACUCAACGCCGGAAACGGACGUUUAUUCCACGUGCUGCGCCGUACAGAAUUUGUGGUUGGCGGCUCGCGCUGAAGGCGUGGGCGUGGGUUGGGUCAGCAUCCUGAAGCGCCCGCAACUGCGUCAGAUUCUGGGCAUCCCGCAGCACAUUGUUCCGGUAGCCUACCUGUGCCUCGGGUAUCCAGUCGAUUUCCCGGCGCAACCGUUGCUGCAAACUACGGGCUGGCGGGACCGCCUGCCCCUCACUGACCUCGUGCACUACGAUGGCUGGGGCGGGCCGGCUAGCACCGACAUCUGGCAAGUGGUGCAGGCGGAACUCACAUCCGGCGAAGACGGGCAAGGCGCAGAUGCGUUCGCCCCCGACGGCUCUGCCCCGGACGGUUCCUCCAUCGGGAGCGUGUAG